CAAAAUUUUGACAGAUGUUAUUAAUAGUUCGCAUUCAAAAUGUGUUGAAGAAUUGGUGUCGUGUUCAUUGAUAAAAUGACCCGUGGUAAUCAACGCGAAGUUGCAAGGGCUAAAAACCAGAAGAAGCAACAAGAAGUGGCAAAGUCGAAACCUCGUAGUGACGGGUUGACUCUAGAGCAGCGGAAAUUCAGAGACGCUGAAAAUAUGAGGGAGAAACAAAAGAAGAAAGAUGAAGCUAAGUCUUCGUCGCAAACAUAGGGAUUUGUUUUGUAUUGUUUGAUAAUAAACGAGUUUGAUGUU